CCGGCGACCCCCAGCGCGGACGGAAGCGUCGGAGCUGUGGGGCCGGGCCGAGCGUCUCUUCCUUCCACUCCGGCCGAGGCUUUGUCGCUGCGGGCCGGGCCCCGGGGCGCCCCCGAUGGCGGGGCAGCGGGUGGAGGUGGACGGCGGGAUCAUGGAAGGGGGCGGCCAGAUCCUGAGGGUGUCUACAGCCCUGAGCUGCCUCCUGGGCCUCCCCUUGAGGGUACAGAAGAUACGAGCCGGCCGCAGCACGCCGGGCCUGAGGCCUCAACAUUUAUCUGGACUGGAAAUGAUUCGAGAUUUGUGUGAUGGGCAACUGGAGGGGGCAGAAAUCGGCUCAACGGAAAUAAUAUUUACACCAGAGAAGAUUAAAGGUGGAAUCCACACAGCAGAUACCAAGACAGCAGGGAGUGUGUGCCUCUUGAUGCAGGUCUCAAUGCCCUGUGUUCUCUUUGCUGCUUCUCCAUCAGAACUACGUUUAAAAGGUGGAACGAAUGCUGAAAUGGCACCACAAAUUGAUUACACAGCCAUGGUUUUCAAGCCAAUUGUGGAAAAAUUUGGUUUCCAAUUUAAUUGUGACAUUAAGAUGAGAGGCUACUACCCAAAAGGGGGUGGUGAAGUGAUUGUCCGAAUGUCACCAGUUAAACAGUUGAACCCAAUCAAUUUAACUGACCGUGGUUCUGUGACUAAGAUAUACGGAAGAGCUUUUGUUGCUGGUGUUUUACCAUUUAAAGUAGCAAAAGAUAUGGCAGCGGCAGCUGUAAGAUGCAUCAGAAAGGAGAUUAGGGAUCUGUAUGUUAACAUCCAGCCUGUUCAGGAACCUAAAGACCAAGCCUUUGGCAAUGGGAAUGGAAUAAUCAUUAUUGCUGAGACAUCCACUGGCUGUUUGUUUGCUGGAUCAUCGCUUGGUAAACGAGGUGUAAAUGCAGACAAGGUUGGAAUUGAAGCUGCUGAAAUGCUAUUAGCAAAUCUUAGACAUGGUGGUGCUGUCGAUGAGUAUUUGCAAGACCAGUUGAUCAUUUUCAUGGCAUUAGCUUGUGGAGUUUCCAGAAUAAAAACAGGACCAGUUACACUCCAUACACAAACAGCUAUACAUUUUGCUGAACAAUUAGCAAAGGCUAAAUUCUCUGUGAAGAAAUCAGAAGAUGAAGAAGAUGCAGCUAAAGAUGCUUAUAUUAUUGAGUGCCAAGGAAUUGGGAUGACAAAUCCCUAUCUAUAGGAUAUUUGCCUUUUAAAUAAUACUUCAAUGAUGUAUUGCACUAAUUCAUUUCAUAAAUACUAGAAACAAUGAAGAAGAAGUAACUUAUUAAAGGACCUGACAUAAAUAUGGAGAUGAAGUAUAGAGUGUUGUAGAUUUGCGGAGAAUGCUUCAUCAAAUUAAUCUCACUUUGACUAUCUCCUAAGAUAAAGACAAUGAAAUAUGAGAGUUGAUGAGUAUGUAUGAUGGCUGAUUUCAAUAUUAAAGUAUUGAGAUGGAGUAUUCUUUCCA